GACUUAGGAUAUAAGACAAAUUAAUUAAAUGGCACAAGUAAAGCUACAUGGAUUUUGGUACAGUCCCUUUACUUUGAGGGUGGUAUUGACCCUUAAACUAAAAGGUAUUCCAUAUGAGAACAUAGAAGAAGAUCGUUUCAACAAGAGUCCUCAACUUCUUGAAUACAAUCCAGUUCACAAGAAGACUCCAGUGCUUGUUCAUGAUGGAAAACCUCUAUGUGAGUCGAUGAUUAUUGUUGAAUAUAUUGAUGAGAAAUGGCCACAAUACCCUUUGCUUCCUGUUGAUCCUUAUGAGAGAGCUCAAGCUAGGUUUUGGGUUAAAUAUGCUGAUGAAAUGAUUCCUGCAGUUGGUGCACUCUUCAGUAGCAGUGGUGUUGAAGAGAGGGAGAAUAGCAUAAACAAAAUCUGGGAACAUCUUAAAGUUGUUGAACAACAUUGCUUUGGCUAUGAGAAGAAUAUUUUUGGAGGAAACACAAUUAACAUUGUGGACAUAGCUUUUGGUUCAGCUAUCAAGUUUCUUAUAACUAUUGAAGAUAUAAUUGAAGUGAAGAUCCUAGAUGCUGAGAAAUUCCCCCACCUACAUUCAUGGUUUAAUAAUUUCAAAGAUGCCCCUGUCAUCAAUGAAAACCUCCCUGAUCAUCAGAAAGUGGUAGCUUUCAUCAAGUCUCUUCUACAAAAGUCUUUGCAAUCUUCUUAAGAAAAGGUAGGUAUAUUUUACAUGAAGUGGUAAUAAGACACAUUUAUGUCUGUGUCAUGUUUUUAUGUGUAUGUUAUCAACCUUGCGAUUGGUUUGUUUUAAUAGUUUACACAUAAAAGUAAUUAUAAGCUUGUUGCAUUUGCUUUGAUUUAAAAUAAAAACAAAAACUUGUGUGUGGUUUAUUAUCAAUAAACAUACAAUAGUCAAAUUGACUA